GGCAUUAGGCUAUUUAUGGCGGCGGCUGUGUUGCUUAUAUUGUCUGGGCUGCAACCAACUUCGGCCAACCUCAUGAAAGUCGCUUGCGUUGGGGUGUGCAUGAGAGAAUGCAGGACCGCCGGAAUUGGGCUUCCCGCCUGCCUCAAGUUCUGUCCCAUGCACUGCAUUCCGCCCCUCCCUCCACGCCAAGUUUUCCAUUGUAAUCUCGAAUGUCUUAACCAAUGUGUCGCCAGUGGUGCCAUCGGCGUCGGCGGCGGUAGCGAUGGCACCAACAUCAUUUACAGCAACAACAAAAACAACAACAAUAACGAUGCGGCAGAUCAACAGAAGCAGGAAAGUUGUGUGUCGAGCUGCAAAAGUGAGAAAUGCGAAACGUCUCCUCCUUAAUCACAACCAUUAAUUAAUAUAAUGAAGCCCGAUCAUGUCCUCGAUCAGCUCUCAAUUCGUUUCUAAAUUAUAUAUUAUUAGGGUUUCAAAAUAAUUAUUGUUAUUAUUACUUAGCUUAUUAAUGAUGAUUUGGGCUUCUAAUUAGUUGAGCGUUUGUACUUUCAUUUUCAUGGAUAAAAUAUAUGUACGUGCCAUUAAUUAUAUUUGUCUCAUAUAGUACGUCAGUCGUCAUAUAUACGGUGUGGAAUUAAUUAAUUACUUGAAUAUAAUUAGCGAUUAAUCAAAGAGUAAUGGCCUUGUAUUAUUAAUUAA